AUGCACAAGACUACAUAUAACAGCUCAAAUUUCAAAGUCCUUAAUGGGAGUGCCUCCUAUUUCAGGGAACGUGGAAUAGAAGUCAAGAUUCAGUCCGGAGGCUUUGAAGACAUUGUUAUUGCUAUUAAUCCAACGAUACCUGAAGAUGACAAAAUUGUUACCAACAUAAAGGAUAUGGUUAAAGAAGCAUCCAAUUAUCUCAUCAGUGCUGCAGAACGAAGAUUUUACUUUAAGUCUGUAAAAAUUAUAAUUCCAUUGACAUGGACAUCAAAACCAGAGUAUAAAAGAGUAAUAAGAGAAUCCUACGAAAAAGCUGACAUCAUAGUAGCUAAUCCUUACGUGAAAUCUGGAGAUGAUCCCUACACCCUGCAGUAUGGAGGUUGUGGGGUACCAGGAAGAUACAUUCAUUUCACGCCAAAAUUUCUGACAAAUGACAAUUUGCAUGAUGUUUAUGGAUCUCGAGGUAGAGUCUUUGUCCAUGAGUGGGCUCAUCUCAGAUGGGGUGUCUUUGAUGAAUAUAAUUAUGAUGCUCCUUUCUAUGUUACCAACGAAAAGAAAGUUGAGGCAACAAGAUGUUCAGCUAGUGUCACUGGUGUUUAUAUAUUUCCAACUGGACCAGGAAACUACAGAGACUGCACAUUCCUGGAGGACACUCAGAUGUAUGAACUGGGAUGUCAAUUUGUACCACAUAAAACCCAAAGCACUCCAGUGUCGAUAAUGUAUAUGCAAAGUCUACCUUCUGUUACUCUGUUCUGUAAUGAAAGUAAUCAUAAUAUGGAAGCACCAAACCUGCAAAACAAAAUCUGCAGCUAUAAGAGUACGUGGGAAGUAAUCAUGAAUUCCACUGACUUCGCCUCUUCAUCUAUAAUAAAUACUCCUCUACCUGACCCUACUUUCACCCUGAUGCAAGCACGCGACAGAGUUGUCUGUUUGGUGCUUGAUGUUUCGGGAAGCAUGAGAGAUUAUGAUCGCAUUGCUCGUCUCAGGCAAGCUGCAGAAGUGUUCGUCCUACAAAUCAUUGAAACUGGUUCCUGGGUUGGAAUUGUAACGUUUCACAGCAGUGCCAGCACUACGAUUGGCUUGCAACAGAUUGUCAGUGACAAAAUACGGCAGAAUCUUGUGAAUAAUUUGCCUAUCACAGCUAAUGGAGGGACUAAUAUUUGUGCUGGAGUGCGCCAAGGAUUUAAGGUGAUUAGUUCAAAAGAUGGAAAUACUGAAGGGGGUGAAAUUGUGCUCUUGACAGAUGGAGAAGAUUCAGGAAUAGGAUCUUGCUUUAGUGAAGUUAAAAUUAGUGGAUCAAUAAUUCACACCAUUGCUUUGGGGCCAAGUGCUGCAAAAGAGCUAGAAAUGCUGUCAACCAUGACAGGGGGAUUAAAAUUAGCUGCUUUUGAUAGUUUGGAUCCCAAUGGCCUCAUUGAUUCUUUCAGUGGAAUUUCAUCAGAAAAUGGAGAUAUUUUUCAUCAGUCAAUUCAGAUUGAAAGUAAAAGUCAGAAAGUUGAUGCCGGCAAUUUUCUUAAUGGUAUUGUAUCCAUCGAUCACACUGUAGGAAAUGACACUUUUUUUGUACUUACAUGGAGUGUAGCCCAUCCUAAACCUGGAAUUCUUCUGACGGAUCCAAAAGGAAAAAGAUAUAAUCUUAAUGAUUUUGAAGUUGACAAUACCAAUCUCAAAACUGCUCGACUUAAGAUUAAUGGGACUGCCAAGGCAGGAGACUGGACUUAUGCAAUUUAUAAUGCACACUCAGUGGCUCAAGUGCUAUCAAUCACUGUAACUUCUCGAGCAGCAUCUCUAUCGAAACCUCCAGUAACUGUGAAGUCCUACAUAAGCAGUGAUGCAAAUGCUUUUCCCAAUCCAAUAAUUAUUUAUGCAGAAGUCAGUCAAGGACUUUUGCCAGUACUUGGUGCAAAAGUUACAGCCACAAUUGAAUCAAAUACUGCAAUUGAGGAUCUAGAGCUUUUGGAUAAAGGUUCUGGUGCAGAUAUUAUCAAGAACGAUGGAAUCUACUCAAGAUACUUCACAUCAUUCAAAGACGAUGGUAGAUACAGCAUAAAGGUGCAUGUCCAAGGGGGAGAUAGGACCAGCCGACAAACUCGCCAAAGGAAUCACGCUCUAUAUGUGCCAGGCUAUGUCGACAAUGGUGAAAUAAAAAUGAAUGCACCAAGACCAGAAGCUAGUGACAAUGAUACCCAAACAAACCUUGGAAAAUUCAGCAGAAUUGCUUCAGGAGGUUCUUUUGUAAUGUCAGGAGUUCCUGUAAAUCCUGCUCCUGGAAACUCUUCAGAUUUCUUUCCUCCAUCUCGAAUCACUGACCUUGACGCAAAACUCAAUGAUGAGGAUGAAUUCCUUUUGUCAUGGACUGCUCCUGGAAAUGAUUAUGAUAAAGGAAAAGCUGAAAAAUAUGAAAUAAAAAUGAGUGAAAAUCCUGUGGAAUUAAGAGAUACUUUUCAAAGUGCUGCUUCUGUCAACACAUCCAAUUUGAAACCUGAUGUUGCUGGGGCCAGACAGUCAUUUCAGCAUAAGAUGGAAAAUUUCAAAAAAGAAAAUGGCACCGCAGUUUACUUUGCCAUUCGUGCCAAUGAUGGCACCAAUUUUGGGGAAGUAUCUAAUAUAGCAAGAGCAGUUGUAGUUCUUCCUUCACUGGUCCCUACUCCUCCCACACCAACCAAUCCUUCUAGCUCUGCUCCUCCCACGGCUCCUUAUAAUAUAACAACCACUUCUAGUGUGACAGCUCCCAAUGAUGGAAUGCAUGUGAUAAAUAUUGUGCCUCUAAUUCUUAUCAUAGUAUGCAUUACUCUAAUUAUUAUUUGUGCUUGUAUAUGUAUAACUAUUUGUGUUUUACAUAAGCAAAAAAAGGCAAAUCCUGAAACUGCAAUGUAAGAAGAAGUAAGAAUUCAGAACU